AGGAGAAGCAGCGGCCAUGUCGUCCUACCGCCGUCCGAAGCACCACACCUAUGACUACAACUAUAAGGUGGGCGAGAGUAGCUACCGAGACAUGCUCGACUACCUGGACCGCAAGGAGGGCCGGCGCGCAGUCAGUCCACCGCCGGGCAAGAAGACGUUCGCCGAGCGCUUCGCCGAGCGGCCGAUCUACGGCGAACUGCGGCCGCUGCAUCUGUCGCAGAGCGAGCCGGCGGAGCGCAGCGCCUAUUCACCCCGGCCCGCCGCCGCCGACGAGCGACGCGCGCGCUUCGCCGACGCGCCCGUCGACGACGACUUCCUGGCGGUGCGGCCGCGGCCGGUGCUGGACGACGCGGCGAUCGACCUCGACCCGGACGAGCUGAUCGCGUCGAUUCGGCGCAACCGGCAGCGUCUCCCGUCAGAAGAUAUCCAGUUCUACAAGUCGCUCAACGCGCUAUGA